CAAAAUACAAAGAAAGUGUAUGUAUAAUAGUAGGUUAUUUUAGUAUAGCCGAAAAAAAAUACAAGGGAUUGGAAGAAAAGGACGAAUAAAAUUGAAGCUCAAAAAAAAUGAAAUUUCCCCAAAUCUGAAUGGGAACAUUUGCCCUAACCCAUUUCCCUCUAUUCGGAUCCUCCAGUCACGACGACGGUUCCCGGAUCCUGCGCUCAUCGGUUGGCCGGGGAAGCGGAUGAUGGAUUGCGGCGUUGGAUCCAUCGUGUGGGUGCGUCGGAGGAACGGGUCGUGGUGGCCGGGUCAAAUCCUCGGCCCCGACGACCUCUCCGCUUCUCACCUCACCUCACCCCGAUCCGGAACCCCCGUCAAGCUCCUCGGCAGAGAAGACGCCAGCGUGGAUUGGUACAAUUUGGAGAAAUCCAAGCGUGUUAAGGCAUUCCGGUGUGGUGAGUUUGAUGAUUGUAUUGAAAAGGCCGAAUCUGCUCAGGGGGGACCGCUGAAGAAGAGAGAGAAGUAUGCGCGCCGAGAAGACGCCAUUCUUCAUGCUCUUGAGCUUGAGAAACAGAUUUUGAAGAAGCAAGGGAGAUCGGGUGGUAGACCAUCAAAUACCUUUAAAAAGGGUGCGGUUGCAUCGCCUCCGGAAACACUAGGAAAUGACAAUGAAAACCAUGCAAGUUCUUUUAUGUAUUGUGAAAGUGAGUCUGCUGGAGGUUUCUUUCUUCCAGAGAGGGCCAAGGAUGGCAAUCAGCUGCGCGGGGAAGUGGAUUAUUCUGAAACAACACCUCGGAUGAGGGACUUGCAGGAUUUUGGGCUCAGAAUUGCCCCUGCAAAAAAGAAGUUUCCAUCUUUUGUUGAACCUAACAUUUACCAGAAACGUACGGUUGAUGAUGGUGCUCGGGCUCUUGCAACCGGUGGUAUACGCGCUGGCAGUACUCUUCACAUGAAUGGGGCUGGGCAAUUAGGAGCUUCACGAGCAAAGAGGAGCAGAUGUGUGUAUUUUCCGACCGAGUCCAGUGAUUCUCUUGAUUACAGAGAGACUCAACCCCGUGUUGAGAUGUCACCUUCCCAACGCAGAAGGGAGUUUGCUUAUCAUGGUUCUAUGGUUGGAGAGACUGAAUAUACUUUUAUGGAUGAUGUUGAAUCUGAUUCUUCAGAAACAGCCUGUACUGAUUCUGAUUCUGAUUCUUCGGAGACAGAACCAGACUUGGAUGAAGACAUGACAAUAUUUUCAGAAACUGGUCAUGAUGCUGAAGAACAUGAAAGCACUAGCAGCGAGGAGCUUGAUGAAUUAGCGAAUUCCAGUGACAUGCCUCACCUUUAUCCUCGUGACUCAAUAACAAGUAAUGAAGCUGUGUCUAAAUGGCAACUAAAAGGGAAAAGGAAUAAUCGGAAUCUAGUAAAGAGGUCUGUUGGUGCUUCUGAUGGAAAAUAUAAUAUGUAUGGAGCAGAUGUUGAAGAAAAGAGUAGUCAUUUAAGGCACAAUAUAAAUAGUCCAAGUUUGCACCGCUACAAAUUUGAUUUUGGUGAUACCUUUGACGACGAUGAUCAAAACUUUGGACUGGAAGAUGAAUACCCUCUGUCUUCUAGAUCCAUAUCAAGAAGUCAAAGUAAAAUUCAUCGUGGUGUAGCUUGGAAUGAUUUGGCCUGGGAUGAUCAUCUAGCUUCUAAAAGACAUUGGGAUGCUAAAGCAUAUUCUCCGUUGUACGGUGACCGUAAUCAUUUUGGCGCUAGGGUCAGGCCAAUGCUAGUUGAUGUAGAUUUGAAAGUUCAAGCAAGCUAUCGUAAAGAGUGUGUGCCCUUCAUUUCGCUCAUGAGUAAAUUAGAUGGGAGGGCAAUAGUAGGGCACCCAAUCCAGGUCGAGGCUCUCAGGGAUGGCUCAUCUGAUAUUCUAUUUCCUGCAAUUGAUGACUUCAGUAAUGAUGUGACUGGUAUUGAGGGAAGUAGUAUGCUUCCACCAGCAUGGAGGACUGCAAGGAGAACUGCAAAUUUUCGCAUCCCGCGCCCCCAUGUGCCAUCAUCAAAUGGUGCUGAAGGUGCGGCUGAGUUCCCCUCUUCAGAUCAAGAACAAAGCUUUGAAUAUAAAAGUUUAAAUGCUGGAAGUUCCAGCCACCAGGCUAGCCUUCAAAAGAGGAGUGGCCUUAAAAGCCAUCGUUCUUCAGCAGAAAAAAGGUCCUUAAAAAAGGUGCCUAAGAAAUUGAGCUUGUCAUCUUGCCAAAAAACUCGAACUCUGUCCUCAUUAUCUACUGAGCAUAAUUUUAGUAGAAAGCCAUUACAUGAUAGCAGUAGUUAUCAAACAGAUAGAUUGACUAAACCAGACAUUUCUGGGUCCACUACAGUAGCUUGCAUACCAGUCCAGUUAGUGUUUAGUAGAUUACUCGAGAAGAUUAAUAGGCCUCCAUUGAAAACACCUAGUAAUGUGGCUUUGCUGAAUACUGGUGUGGAUAGAAAUUCAUAGGUUACAUGUACAUUGUUAUAUGGCAACAAUAAUCUUACAGUUGUAGCACAAUAUAUUAGGCAUGUCUUUUUUCCAACAUAGGGAAUUCCUAUUCAAUUUAGUGUCAGCAUUUCAAGGAUUAAUAUGCUGUAUAGUUCCCUAUUCAUCAUGUAUCUAGUCUAGAUAAAUAAAAGGUACAUGAAAUUAUUUAGCUGUCUUGUAAGUGUACAUUUGCCGGAUCUUGGUUUCCUGAGAACUGCAGCUAGCUAGUUAUUGAUUUAUUUGUUCCAAUAUUGAUGGUAAUUUCAAACUCUA